UCUUUGCAGGGACAAAUUAUGAAUGAACACCAUGACAGAUCAGGCAGCCCGUCCAACAGGCAGCACUGGGAUAAUCACAGAUCUCAUGAUGGGAGGCAUCGGUCGGACAGUUAUGGCAGCCCAGGUAGAAAUAAUCCACGACACAGCAACCAUGACCCGUACCGGCCACCACCCAACAGAUAUUAUGAUGCCCGACGCCAGCCCGACAACUAUGGGAGUCCUGGGCGGAACAACCACCACAGACAAGGGAGUUACGACCGAAUAUAUGGGGGUAGCCCAAAACCAUCAUCAGUUCCACCACCAGUACCCACAUAGAGGGAUGCCCAAGGACCAUAAAGACAUGCGCAUGAAUGGCCCUAGACACAUGGGAAAUGCAGGGCCAGGCCAGGUGGGCAUGCAGGAGGUGGAGAGUCCAGAUUACAGACCAAGCCCAGAGGUGUUGGCUGAACUUCAGGAACAGUUUUUAUUCCCCUUGAAAAAGAAAUCGAUCAGAUUUCCAAAGGCCAAAUACUUCUGCAGAUUAUGUGAUUACCACUGUGAUUCUUUGAUUGUGUGCAGGAGACAUAUUGCAGAUGCAAGGCACAGGAAACUCAAAGAGGCUAAAGACGUGGAGACUACUCUGAAGAAUGUGCCAUCUCCAAUUGAAGCACAGGUUGCUGCUGUGGAAAAGUUGAUCUUGGAGAUAGUAGAAGAGGUGAAAGUUACCCCAGAUAUGAUGCGCACCAGAAAAGAGGUCGUGAAGGAACUUAAUAAAUUGCUCGCGGCCAAAGUGGAAGGGUGCAGAUUAGAGAUGGUGGGAUCAUCUGUGAGUGGGUUCUGCAUGAAAACAAGUGAUAUCAACAUAGAUGUAGUAAUGGACGAGAACCUUAAUCCUUCCAUUGCCCUAUUGGCAGUGAGGGAGUUGGUUCGAAAAAAUGACUUGUACACAGAUGUUUUAGAUGAUCUAACAUCAUCAUUCCCGACAAUGGCCUUCACCCAUGCAAACCGGCUUGAGGAUGGUGGUGGGCGCAGGCAGCACCUCUCCCAAGCACACCAACCAACUCUUAGCUGACUAUGCUGUGAUCGACCCCAGAGUACUUACCCUGGGAAUUGCGCUCAGAUAUUGGGCAAAGCUCUGCCAGAUGGAUGACCAGUCACGUGGAACUCUCCCACCACAUGUUUUCCCAUUGAUGGUUGUACAUUUUCUUCAGCAACACAACCCUCCAGUCUUGCCAGUUUUACAUAGCUUGCACCCAAAACCUGACGGGGAUG